GUCAGAUGUAUUGAUCAACAACAACAAGUUUUCAAGAUGUUACAUGGCAGCUUUGCACGAAUUUCGAUCAUGUCAUCGCCAAAAUCGCCAAUUUUAGUCCUUGAGUGUGCUGUGAAGCGCAGAUAAAGGACUCCCACGCCCGUGCAUGUCCGUCCUUGAGACACACAUCACAGAUAAGAGAGGCAACCAAACCAACUGUCACCAAACACACCCGAACUUUCGUUAUUUUACUCCCCGGCUUGCGAAGAUGGGUGUGUGCGUGCCUCCGCCAGAACCAGUGAUGGCUGACAAAACUCCUCAGCAAGGAGACCCGCUGCUGAAUAAGUUCCACCAAGGGAGCCUCCCCAGCGGUAAAGAAACCGUCAAAGACGACGGCCUGCAUGCCAGGGGCCAGUGGGCGAGCAAGGCUGAGUUCCUCCUGGCUGUGGCGGGGCAGAUCAUCGGCCUGGGCAACGUAUGGAGGUUCCCUUACCUCUGCUACAAGAACGGAGGAGGUGUGUUCUUUGUGCCUUACCUGUUGUUCCUGGUUCUGUGCGGCAUCCCCCUGUUCCUCCUGGAGACCUCACUGGGACAGUACACCAGCCUGGGAGGGGUCAGCGCCUGGAGGACUAUCUGCCCAUUAUUUGGAGGUCUCGGCUAUGCCAGCCAGGUGAUGAUCCUGCAUGGAUGCGUGUACUACAUCGUCAUCCUGGCCUGGGCUCUCUUCUACCUGUCUCACAGCUUCAAGGCGGAGCUGCCCUGGUCGCACUGUAACAACACGUGGAACACAAAGGACUGCGUUCUGUUCGAACACCGCAACCAGACAGUCAAUGGGAGCAGCCUGCCUGAGAACGCCACCUCCCCUGUCAUGGAGUUUUGGGAGCGGGAGGUGCUCCGUCUCUCCAGCAGUUUAGACGAGCUCGGUCCAAUCAGCUGGAAGCUGGCUCUGUGUCUAGCCAUCGUAUGGCUCGUCUGUUACUUCUGUGUCUGGAAGGGAGUCAAGUCCACCGGAAAGGUGGUGUACCUGACAGCCACCUUCCCAUAUGUCAUGCUGUUUGUGCUGCUGGUGCGCGGUGCCACGCUGCCCGGAGCGACCCAGGGCAUCAUCUACUACCUCAAACCCAACCACACCCGCUUGGCAGACCCACAGGUAUGGAUGGAUGCAGGCACCCAGAUAUUUUUCUCGUAUGGGAUCUGUUUGGGAAGUCUCACGGCACUUGGCAGUUACAACAAAUACAACAACGACUGCUACAAGGACUCCUUCCUCCUGUGCCUGCUGAACAGCGCCACCAGUUUCCUGGCUGGUUUUGCCAUCUUCUCAGUGCUGGGCUUCAUGGCCGAGGAGCAAGGCGUGGAAAUAGACAAAGUGGCCCAGUCAGGACCGGGCCUCGCCUUCAUCGCCUACCCGAGAGCCGUAUCCAUGAUGCCUUUACCCCAGCUCUGGGCUGUGUGCUUCUUCCUCAUGAUCAUCAUGCUGGGGCUGGACACACAGUUUGUGAGUCUGGAGGCCCUGAUGACGUCGGUGACUGACCUGUACCCUCAUCUGAUCCGACGAGGCCACCGCAGAGAGUUGCUGCUGCUGUUUGUCUGCGUCGUCUGCUUCCUGGUUGGACUGGUCAUGGUCACGCCGGGUGGUCUGUAUGUGUUCCAGAUCUACGACCAUUUCUCCUGCAGUGGAGCCAGCCUGCUGCUUCUCUCCAUCUUCCAGUCUCUGGCCAUCGGCUGGGUCUACGGAGCGGAUCGCUUCAGUGCCAACAUCAGGGACAUGACGGGCUACAACCCGCUGCCCGUCUUCAAGCUGUGCUGGAAAUACUUGACCCCAGUUGUGUGCACGGCCACCUUCUUGUUUUCUCUCGUGUGCUGGACUCCACUAAACCUGGGUAAAGGUCUGGUCGCUCCGGUCUGGGCCACCACGCUGGGCUGGCUCCUUACCCUCUCCUCCGUCUCCCUGCUUCCCAUCUGGGCAAUCUACGCCCUGGCCACCACCCCGGGAACUCUGCCACAGCGCUUCCAGCGUCUGUGCAGCCCUGCCAAAAGCCCAUCACUGCCCCUCUGUCAGUACAGUCCUGCACUGCCCAUGUCUGAGAAACCAAAGGAGCCAAUCGCAGACAUCGUCCAGGAUCAUAGGACUUGAUAAUGGUCAGCGAUGACGUGACAUUGGAUGCUGGUCAGCCAAUCACAGUCGUUGUUACAGGUCGAGGUUAGAGCUAAGCGAGUGGUUGGAUCCUGGUUAGUCCACAUUUCUAGAUUAUACACAUCAUAACAGACCACAGAGGAAAAGAUCUGUUGUUUGAUGGUGAUCCUCGUCAGUUAAUAAAGGUGAUCACCAGAUAUUUGCAUUCAGAUGGUACUAUUGAACAUUAUAAAAGUUAUUGCAUAUCUUUACCAAUAAAAUGGUAAAGAUAUCUGACAGCUUAAUGAUCUCCACCUGAAUGCACCAUUAGUUUAACCCUCCUCCAGGACAAAUCCAGCGCCGCAGCAAAAACGUAGAUUUUCCCUGUUAAUUAGAACAGAUCAGACCGGUCCGGGUCAACAGUCAUCUUGAAAUGUGACUGAAACAGAGCGACAAUCCAGGUGGAGUUCAUGGACUAAACCAGGGUACUGCCUCAGUUUUAUUCUGGCUUUGUUUCUGCAAAGUGACAGUGAAAGAAGUUCCCUUUGGUUUGUGUGUCAGGGUGGUCGAGCAACAGAGACAGCGAAUAAGAGAGAGGGAGCGCCGAUAACGAGAAAGCCAGCGACUGAAAGAAAUUUUAAAAACUUCUUUCUUUUUGUUUCUUAGCGGUUCUGUUCAGCACAAAUAAUCGCCUUUUGUGGAGUUCGAAUGGUCCAUGACAUGCCUUACGCCCAGACCACUACAGCCAAAUACUGCUUUCACUGCCAAUACAUCAAGCACUUGAUGUCAUGGUCACACUUUAUAUCUGACAUAAGUGUUUUCAGUUCCACACAUUUAUCUUCUUUUUAAAAAGUGGGCAGGGAAGUUCUUUUUAUUUACUUCUUGCUGGUCUGCGGCCUCAAGUUUCAAGUAAAGUCUUGCAAAAUGAAAGGCAUUAGAAAGUUUUUGCACUGUAUGGAAAAAAAAAUCAGUUAUCAAGCAAGGAGAGAUGCAAUCAUAGUAUCUGAAUCAUCAUAUAUUGAUAUAUAAAUACAUUAGAAUAUCACUGCUGCUGCUGCUGUACAAUACAAAAGUAUGUUUUUACUCAAUGUUUAACUCAAACUACGUUUUAAUAAUGUCACUCCGGUUGUUUGUACAGGACAUAAUGUAACUGUGACCUGCAGUAAAUCUGAAGUGGCAACAUGGAAAAUGUACCUCUAUGCAGUGUAGGGAUAUUUAUAUUUUUCAGAAGAAAUUACAGUAUAUGAAUGUGACGAAUCAUGUUUCAAGUUUUAUAGAUAUUUUAAGUUUUCAUGUUUGCCUUUUACCUCCGUUGACCUCCUGAUGCGGAAAGACAGCAAAGGUGCCAUCAAAAAUAAAAGACAACUAGAUGUCGGCAUGUUUCCCCUUAGUUUAAAUAACUUCAAUUUAUAUUUCUUUUCAUGUAUGACAAUGUGUUUUUCUCCAUCACCAUAAGUCUUUCCAGCGUCUCAGUGGGGUUUACUGUACUUUAAGUCUGGCUGUACAGACUGUACCGUUCUCUGGGAAGGGGAUAUUUCUUGAGUGUGUUUAAUAAUGCAAACUUGAAACUGCUAUUUUUUUUAUAUAUAUAUUUCCUCCUCGUACUGUCAUUCAAACCUGGAUCAGUUUUUUUUUUUUGUUUGAGAUUCUUUCAAAUGUCCCUCUGAGAUUAAUUUAACGAAAAGCAACGAACCGGUAUCCAUGAAAGGCUUUCCUUUACUUCCAGUUGAUCCAAAUGUUUUAUCAUCUCUGUUUACAGCUCUAUAGAUGUGCCUCUUUGUUUUAAAGCAAGCUUCUUUUGUAUGUCUAUCAUUAUUUUUCAUACAUUUUAAAUAUAUACAUGUAUAUAUA